AUGGCUUCAAACUCUCGUGUUUCCAGAGCACUCUUGCUCAUCUUCAAUUUACUCUUCUUCACAUUUGUUUCUGGCCAACCCACAGCUAGUCCUGCUCCAGCACCUUCAUCCUCUCUACCAACACCACCACCUCCGCCACCUCCUCCAGCUAACUGCCUGAUUCAGAUUUUAUCACUAACUGUGUGUGCUCCUAUCCUCAUACUCCUUAAAUUCUUGGGGAUCGCACCUGGCUCUGGGGUUUGUUGCAAUAUCAUCAGGUCGAUUCCAAGCGGCAACCUUGCCACGUGCCUCUGCCUGGCGUUUCGAGCGAAUAUUCUUGGACUCAAUAUUCGGAUCCCAGGCGACAUUACGCUGCUGCUGAAUCACUGCGGCGUGACGGUGCCUAUUGGUCUGGCUUGUCCGUAG